GUUAAAAGACUAUUAAGUUACUUCGAGUUCUUUAGUCCAAUGUCUACAAUGCGUGCAUAUUCCACUAUUAAAUGUAUCCAAGGUUUUCGUACUACCAUAAAAUCGAUGCUGGAAUUGUGCGAGGAACUUUUUCAACAGCAUCAAAAUUUAAAAUUUAUUUUCCUUGGAAAGUUAAACCAAGAUUGUCUAGAAAAUUUCUUUUAUCGGGUCCGAGCUAGUCAGGGUAUUAAUACUCAUCCCACAGCACACGAAGUACAGUAUAUAGUAGCGCGAUUGAUAUCUAUGAAAAUUUUACGACAGCGGUUCGAAAACAAAGGCAAUAAUUGCGAAGAUGAUGAUGAUAUUAAUUUAGACUGGAAUUUAGGGACUGAGGAUCAUCAUCUGGAGGAAGAAGUAGGAGAACCGCUAAAUGAGCAACUCGUUUUAGAAAAUAUAGAGGUAGGAGACGAGAAUUUUGCCGAAGAACAAAAUAUAGCUGAGGUACAGGUGCAGCGUUAUUACACUGGCUAUGGUAUUUACCAAAAAUUACUGUGUAAGCUAAAAUGCGACAAAUGCGCCCACAUUAUGAUGAAAACACAAGGAGACUUAAAAUUGCAUUCCGAAGCCCUGAUAAGGUCUACAAAUUUCACGGAUGACACCGAUUUGAGACUGGUGAAUCCUGAAGACAGGGUAUUCGAAGUGUGUCGCCUUCAGAUGAUGUGGUACCGUCAGCUUUUUGCAAAAUAUGCUCACGUAGGUAAUAUUCGCAAUCUAAUGUUGCCGGUUAUAAAACAAAAAACCGAAGAAGUAUUUCCCCAUUGGUUCGCACUAUCUGGCGAAUGUCAGGAUCAUCGCAUCAAGCUACUCGAUUUUUUGAUAUAUGUACUUCUAUUCAAAAAUGCGAAAUGGCUUUUACGGCAAGAAAAUACCCAAGUCAGGUGUCAGAAGCGGAACGAUAAACUAAAAAAGUUGUCGUACGUUGUAGGUCAGGGUCCAACAAGGUGAGUUGCGCAGGUCCUUAGGAUUUUUUUAUUUUUCAGGGUUUUCUGCAUCUUUCAGAUUUUUCUCUAUCUUUCAGGUUUUCCUUUUAUCUUCUUUUUCAGGUAGCACCUGAGCCUAGAUUUUGAAACCACUACAAUUUUCACUUAAUCACGAUGGAUUGAGAGUAGUGUUUUAAAAAUCAGGUAAAUCGCAUUGACUUAAUCGAUGUCAAUAUCGAAGUCGUGUGAGAAAUUGUUAUAGUAUGAGAACAAUUUCGUAAUUCGUGCUUUCACAAUUUUAUAUAAUUUUUGUUUUCAUUUCAGGAAAUGUAAAUACCUAU